UUCUGUUUCACCUUCUCCCUUUGCCCUCUCAGACACUAACUCACAAUGAAACAGGUGAAGUUGUUUUACCAUUACCUAAUAACACACUUCUUCAAGCUCUGUUUACUCCCUUCAAUGGCGGUUUUAGCCAUUAAGGCCUCUAGUCUUAGCCCCGAAGAUCUCCACAACCUCAGCCUCCAUUUUCAGAACAACCCUGUGUCAGUGACCGUAUUCUUUGCCCUUGUCGUCUUCGGGUCGACCCUCUACGUCACGACCCGGCCACGACCAGUUUACCUCGUAGACUUCUCCUGUUAUCUUCCUCCCUCACAUCUCAAACUCAGCGUCCAACAGAUCAUAGAUCAGAUUAGAAAGAUAAGUGAAGCGGACACGUCUUGGUUUAACCCUAACGACGAGUGGAAGGUGGAUUUUCUGAAAAAGAUUCUAGAACGUUCGGGUCUCGGGGACGAAACCCACGUGCCGGAAGCUUUGCUUUGUGUCCCGCCGAGGCAGACAAUGGCGGCGGCACGUGAGGAGACAGAGCAAGUUAUAUUCGGUGCCCUAGACAACCUUUUCGAGAACACCAAGGUUAACCCACGUGAGAUCGGUGUAUUGGUCGUGAACUCGAGCACGUUUAACCCUACUCCCUCUCUAUCCGCCAUGGUAGUGAACAAAUACAAACUGAGGAGCAAUAUCAAGAGUUACAAUCUUGGAGGAAUGGGUUGUAGCGCUGGUGUAAUCGCCAUUGAUCUUGCCAAGGACUUGUUACGAGUCUACAAAAACACUUAUGCCGUUGUGGUCAGUACAGAGAACAUUACUCAGAACAUGUACUCCGGUAAUAACAAAUCGAUGCUGCUUUCGAACUGCUUGUUCCGUGUCGGGGGAGCUGCUGUGUUGCUUUCCAACAAGUCAGGAGACAGGAGAAGUUCGAAGUACAAGCUCGUUCACGUUGUCCGGACCCACACUGGAGCUGAUGACAAGUCUUUCAGAUGCGUAAACCAGGAACAGGACGAGAGUGGUAAGGCCGGAAUUUUUCUGUCCAAGGAUCUACCUCUUGUCGCCGGCAAAACCCUAAAGGUUAAUAUCGCCUCUUUGAGUCCACUGGUUCUUCCCAUGAGCGAGAAACUUCUCUUCCUAGUGAAUUUCAUCGCCAAGAAACUGUUCAAAGCCAAGAUCAAGAACUAUAUCCCGGAUUUCAAGCUCGCAUUCGAGCAUUUCUGCAUCCAUGCUGGCGGGAGAGCAUUGAUCGAUGAAUUUGAGAAGAGUAUGAAACUUUUGCCAAUCGAUGUCGAACCUUCGAGGAUGACAUUGCACAGAUUUGGUAACACUUCUUCAAGCUCCAUUUGGUAUGAAUUGGCUUACAUAGAAGCAAAGGGAAGGAUGAAGAAAGGAGAUCGGACUUGGCAGAUCGCCCUCGGCUCGGGGUUUAAGUGUAAUAGCUCGGUUUGGAUGGCUUUGCGCAACGUUGAACCUUCGGCUAACAAUCCAUGGGGAGAUUGUAUUGACAAAUACCCGGUUAAGGUUGAUCUCUGAUUCAUCAAAUCUCGGGGCCGAUUUCGAAAUUUCUCAGGUCCGAAUUAUCAUAUAUACGACAAUGCUUACUUUGAAAAUUCGAUCUUUUAGAUUAUGGUGUUGAUGCUUUCUCUCAUUUUGUGUUAUGCAAUCAAGAAACCCUAUCAUUGUGUCAUUUAUGUAAU